AUGGCAGAUCAAGACGACAGGUCCUCCGUGGACAUACCAGCUUUCAGUGAUGAAGAGACCGUAAAAGCCGAGACGGAGGAAGAUGGCAUCGCCGGCCUCUUGGAUGAUGAUGUCCAGACAACCAGCAGCACACCACCAGCAAUCGAGAAUGGCGCUGUUCCCAAUCGAUAUCGCGAGAUCUUGCGCGAGCACGCUGACGAUGUCUCUGAGGAAGGCUCGGUCGAUGCAGCCCCGAAGCGGGCUGGGAGUCCGAUCGAUUCCCUGAUGUCGGGGCCUGAUGAUUCCCCCUCCAUACAGGCGAGUCUCAGCAGUCCCACCCCCUCAUUUCGACCCUUCGACCGCCGCUUUCAGUCCCGCAUCUCCUCUUCUAGCUUCAUUCAUAGCCCGCGGUCCUCCUCUCCUGCCUUCCUCACUGGCCACAGCCGCUCCGCGUCCCUCAGCUCGGGCCUGCUCGACCGUGACGACACCGACACACCCUCCCCGCCAUGGGAAGUCGUACGAUGGACGAGGUUGAAGAAGCUCAACGGCCAGGCCUUCUCAGAGGCUGGCAAGCGCAACUUUGGAACACCUACCUGUAUUGCUGUCUCCGCUUCAAUUGUGCUGGGGACUAGCAAAGGUAUAAUAUUAAUGUUUGAUUACAACCAGAUCUUGAAGACCAUUAUUGGGCCUGGAACCAAGGCGGUUGAAUGCGGCGCUAUUACGGCGAUAGCGGUUUCGGCAGAUCACACCACGAUCGCUGGCGGCCAUGCAAACGGAAGUAUCUUCACCUGGGAGACGAACCGUGCAUCAAGGCCGUUCUUGCACAUACCACAUCUAGAUCAGGCGCAACUCGUGAACCGGACCAUGGACGGUCACCUUCCCGGCGUCGCAGUUACCCAUCUCGGGUUUCUCGGGACAAGGCACACGGCGCUUGUGUCGGCGGAUGACCGCGGCAUGGCAUUCUCACACCUGGCAACGAGAGGAACGGGAUCUCUGGGCCGGACUGUGAAGACCACUAGGAUACUUGGAAGAUAUCCAAAUGCAGCUCCUCCAACUGGCAAGCCUCUCAAGCCCAGCACCGUCCUGGCAUUCAGCCCUUUGCCUCUUGGUAACAUGGAACGCGCGACUGACACCAUGGGUCUUACGGCGAUGCUGACCCCUUACCUAUUGGUCAUCGUAUCUACGACACCCGUAGCUCAAACCCAGCACAAGUCGGCCAGACCGAAGGACGUUGCGCACCACAGCGCGAUGACCGGCUGCUUGGCGUGGUUUCCCGCGGUCAAGCUCAAGGUCCCAGAUCCUGUCACGGGAAGCGACAUUUCCAAAGUCAAACUGGUGUACUGCUGGUCCAAUGUCUUGACUGUUCUCGACGUCGACGAGAUACCGGCCGAGAACAAGGACAAGCCUCCAACACUCAAAUUCAAGUCGCGAAGUAGAUGGAAGUGCGAAGAGGCCAUAGUCGCGGUCCAGUGGCUCAGCCGCUCGGUGCUCACCGUGCUGACUAUCACACAGCGCUUGAUCGUGCUUGAAGAUCGAACCAUGCGCAUGACAGAGGGGUUUGAUCUGAUGAACAAAUUCAUCUACCACGCCGAUCUCUUCUCGAAACAGCUGCACAACCUGGUGGAGCAGCUGGACGAGGACGAUACUUCUAUGCACGGUGUCGUGGCCGAUGCGUUUUACAUGAGCUUCAAGACCUAUAAGGGCAAAAUCUUUCUCCUCGGGUUCAACGAUGUUUCGAUUGGAUCAUUGUCAAAUUGGGCCGAUCGGAUCAUUGCUCUUAUGGAGAACGGUGAUUACGUCGGAGCCAUACAGCUCGGAACAUCGUACUACACAGGCGACGCUGAUAAGCUUACCAUCGGCUUGCCUGAAGAUACCGGAUUACGGCAUUCAAUGGUGUGUGACAAGCUUAUGGAAAUCAUGAGAGCAUCACUCAAGUACGCUUUCACGCAGCGACAGAAAGACAGGUCUGCUGCCGACGACGCUCAUCUGCGUGAACUGGCCGAGACUUGUUUUACUGCAUCCUACAGCGUUGGCGAUAUUGAUUUCCUUUUUGAAGAGAUGUACGAGUGGUACGAAGACGCCGGUGUAGAGGGCAUCUUCCUCGAAACCAUGGAGCCUUACAUUCUCGAGAAACAAAUCACAGUCGUGCCUCCAGCCGUUGUCAAAGCCACGGUAACACACUACGUUACCAAGGGAUGGGAGAGUCGUCUCGAGGAACUGAUUGUCCACAUGGACACCAUGACCUUGGACUUGGACCAGAUUACGCUUUUGUGCAAGCAGCAUGGCCUUUACGAUGCGCUGAUCUACGUCUGGAAUCAGGCACUGGACGACUAUAUUACGCCACUGAUCGACUUGCUAACCUUGCUGGUACCUCUCAUGAGCAAUGGCGACUACAUGUCUUCCGGGAACAUGGAUGACGAGAUAUAUGGCGUGAACGCCUUGAAGAUGUUCCCUUACCUUUCCUACACCUUGACUGGCAGAGUAUACCCUACUGGCGAAGUCAUGGAUGAUGCAGUUGCGUCGAAAGCUAAAGCUGAGAUAUACUGGUUUCUCUUUUCAGGCAAUAGCAUCACAUGGCCCAAGGGCAGCGACCGCCGGUUCCUCACACGGCCAGACCAGCACACCGAACCGUCCUUCCCGUAUCUCAGACUGAUUCUAAAAUUCGAUGCCCCGAGCUUCCUGAGCGCCGUCAACGAGGCCUUCGAGGAUUCAUUCCUUAAUGACUCGCCUGAUAAGCAAGUCAACGGCGGAAUCAGGGGGGACGUGCCCGAAGAGCAAAUCUUUGGUCGCACUGUUGAUCGUCAAUAUAUAGUCUCCAUCCUUCUGGAGAUCAUGAAUCCCUCAGACUUUGCUGCGGAGGACACAAUCUAUCUCGACAUGUUUAUCGCCCGCAACCUUCCCAAGUUUCCUCAGUAUUUAUUGUUCCCCGGGUCAACCCUCACAAAGGUCUUGACGGGGCUAUGUAACUACCCUGGAACGGAUCUUGCCGAAGACGCACAACUCAGCGCCGAAUACCUACUGUCGAUAUACCAGCCGCCCGACGUGAACACGCUGAUACCCAUGUUCAAGAAGGCUGGGUUCUAUCGAAUUCUUAAGAGGCAAUACAAGGUUGACAAACAGUAUGGCAAGCUUGUCCAAACUUAUUUCGAAGACCCCGCUGACCGGGACGCCGUCUUUGAAUGCAUCGGGGAUUGUCUGCGGCCACACAGUGGUCUGAACCAUCGCCAGGUUCAAGAAGUCCUAGACGCAAUCAAGAACAACGCCAGGGCACUCCUUGAGACAGGCCCUCUUGAGGCCGCGAAAGCUCUAUCAGCCCAGCCAGUUGAUAUCCACCAGCACGUACUCGAUUCUGCAGAAGAGUCGCCGGGGCUACAGUUCUUUUACCUAAGAACAUUGCUCGAGCCCGAAAAGCGAGAUGGUGAAUCCCCGACGAACCCGGAUCGGGUACUCAUCGAACGUUACGUACAGCUCAUGUGCAAGUACGACCCGUCUCAUGUUUCAGACUAUAUCGGGUUGGUUCAGUCUGUCAAUCUCAGGCUCGAUAUCUUGCUUCCGGCUAUGGAGGAGACUGGGGUUAUUGAUGCCGCAGUGGUGUUAAUGGCUCGUGAGGGCCAGGUCAAGGAUGCUAUGGACAGACUUGUGAAGCACCUCGGUACUCUUGAGUCGGCUCUGCAAGGCAUUCUGACGGGCGCUCAAAAGAAAAACUCGAAUGAAUUGCAGUCCGGCGCGGAGGAGACUCUACGGGCACUUCAAAAGUAUGUCCAUGUGGGUAUCUGGCUAUGCCAGGGCCAGACCAAGUCAUCGAGGAAAGUGAACGGUGUGCAACGAAAGUCAAAGUCCACAACGGAGACGCUGUCGCCAGAUGAAGAGCUCUGGCUCAACCUGAUCGAUGCGGCAGUGCAGACCACACGACAACUUUCCUCCACUAUCGAGACCUUGGACAGUACUCAAAUUGGCACCGCAACAGACGAGAACCACGACUUACUGGAAGGUUUAGACAAGGAGAAGCUCUUGGCACUCUUGCGGUCUCUGGUACAGCACACCUUCACUGCCCUUCUGACGACGACUUCGAGUCCUGCAGGAGCUCAGGCGGGCGGCCGACUGCUUACCAAUGCCGGAAGCAAUCUAUCUUUUCUCCGUAUCCUGCGAUCUUUUCUCACCCGAGCUGCGGCCUCUUCGCCAAAUCUAGCAGACCUGCGUUCAGUCCUAGCUUCGAUAUUCUCGGCAUACGCCUAUGAGGAAUCGAUACUUCGGCUGUCCAAUCGAUUGCUCGAGCGAAGUUUGUUCGUCAACGUCAAGCAGGCAGUGGAACUGCGUCAACGUGGCUGGCGACCUAGAGGCUCCACAUGCGAAGCUUGCGGUCGCCGUAUCUGGGGCCCAGGCGUCUCGGGCAAUGUUUUUGAGGCUUGGGAGGAGAAGCAAGCCCGUGACGAGGAGCAGAGGGCGGAGAGAAAAUCCCCAAUGAUCACAGGAGACAAGAGCAAGGCUGGAAGCUCAAGCGAUGUGUCUCAAAGCGCAGGGGACUCAAAAGGGAAAGGCAAAGCGGCACCGGUGGCAUCAGAGCCUCCAGCCGAGGGGGACGGCACAAUACCGAAUGAAGGCGCGGGAGGGCCGGAUGGUGGGGUUGCGAAACCGCAAGAGCAACCGCUGGGUCCAUUGGUCGUGCUGGCUUGCAGGCACAUUUAUCAUCAGAGUUGCUUGGAUGCCUACCAGGCUCGACCGGACGUUGAGGGAAAGAGCCGAGCGGAGACGCACGCGAGGGAGUAUAGGUGUCCGAUUGAUGGAUAG